UAGUUGAAACAUCAGCGCCAAUUACAAAGAAGAACAUUCAUCAUUUUUCAAUUUUAGAUUCCAUAAACCCUAAAACCCCCAAUUAAAAAAUUCCAAACCCUAAACUUCAAUUAUGAACUAAGCUUCCCUUCGCACUGUUUAAUUCAUAGAUGGCAUCUUCAGAGAUCGAAGUAGUAGUAUCAUCGCCAUCAUCGGACUCCAAAACGCCGCAUCAGCAACAACCGCCGGUCGUCGAUGUCUUCUCCGCUUCUGCUUACGGAGAUUUCGAGAAAUUGCGGAAGUUUGUUGAAGAAGACGGUACUUCUCUCUCUACACCUGACGGUAACGGCUACUAUGCUCUUCAGUGGGCUGCUCUCAACAAUUUUGCUGAUAUUGCUCAAUAUAUUAUCGAGCAUGGAGGUGAUGUAAAUGCAGCUGACAAUAUGCAGCAGACAGCCUUGCAUUGGGCUGCAGUUAGGGGUUCAAUUGCAGCAGCUGAAGUGUUAUUGCAGAAUGGAGCUCGAGUUGAGGCGGCUGAUAUAAAUGGAUAUCGGGCAGUUCAUGUGGCGGCUCAGUACGGGCAAACGUCUGUCUUGAAUCACAUUGUUGCAAAGUAUCAUGGUGAAUUUGAUGUACCAGACAAUGAAGGGAGGAGCCCUCUUCAUUGGGCUGCAUACAAGGGUUAUCCUGACACAGUUAGAUUACUUCUAUUUCGAGAUGCAAGCCAAGGAAGACAGGACAGAGAAGGUUGCACCCCUUUGCACUGGGCUGCAUUAAAAGGAAACGUUGAAGCUUGCACCGUGCUUGUACAUGCUGGCACAAAGCAGGAACUGGCAGUGAAAGAUAAAAAUGGAUUUACUCCUGCUCAGCUUGCAUCUGAUAAAGGUCAUCUGCAAGUCGCCCUUUUCCUUUCUAAUGCACAAAGGGCACAAAGAAAACAUUGGAGCGACAAACUUUUUAAUGGGAAGUUGCGGCAAAUUGGUUAUGCUCCUAUCUUGGCAUCUACUAUAAUCAUUCUCAUGUUCAUCUUUGCCAACUCAAUUAUUGCUGCUCCGAAUCUUCCAAAGGUAACAGCUGUUGUUGGACUUUGGGGGUGGGCAGCUCUUUCUCUUGCUGUUGCUUCAUUGGUCAUGUUUUACAGAUGUAGUGGAGAUCCAGGUUUUAUCAAAAGAUCUGACAAUUUGGAUAAAGAUGCAGAUGCAGAGGAUCCUUUGUUAAACAUUGAUCUGAACAACUCGUCUGUAUGGGUGGGGAAUUGGUCUCAACUUUGUCCUACCUGCAAGAUAAUUAGACCUGUUCGCUCCAAGCAUUGCCCCAUAUGUAAGCGUUGUGUAGAGCAGUUUGACCAUCACUGCCCAUGGAUAUCUAAUUGUGUGGGGAAGAGGAACAAAAGGGACUUCUUCAUUUUUGUAUGCUUGGGAACUUCGACAUCAUUCGUUUCAGGUGCCGUUACUAUUCAACGGUUUUGGACAGCUAUACAUCUAUUGCAUAUAGAGGAAAGUUGGAUCCGUUAUGUGGUAGUUCAACAUCCCGGUGCUGUUGUCUUUUUGGUUUUCGACAUGAUUAUUUUUAUUGUUGCCGUAGUUUUAACUGUAGCUCAAGCAUCACAGAUAGCCAGGAAUAUAACCACCAAUGAACUUGCAAAUGCUGUUCGUUAUGGUUAUCUCCGUGGUCCUGAUGGACAGUUUAGGAAUCCCUAUAACCAUGGAUGCCGGAAGAAUUGUGCAGAUUUCCUCAUUCAGGGCUACACCGACGAUGAUGAAAUUGCUUGGCCACCGUUACAGCAGGUUGGCAGCUAGAACUAACGCAAUAGUUUGUUGCCGACGUAAACGUUUACUUUUUCAAAUGCCAGAUUCCUAUUUGUUGUGCAGCUUUCAUGUUUUACCAUACGGGUUUCAUUCAAUUAUCAUUGUAUGUACAUUUAAAACCCUGAAAUAGAAAUAGAUAUUAUUUGAUUCAAA